CCGAACGCUUGCGGUUGCACCGAGGCGACCGAUCCGCGUUUCCGAAUGCACCCCUACUGUGCAAUCCGACUGCUUUAAAAAUAAAAAUGGGUGCAGCGUCACUACAACUUGGAUGCAGAAUUUAUUGUGAUGGAGAGUAUGGAACUGUUCUUUACAUUGGCCUUAUAGAUGGAGUUGAAGGCACUUGGGUUGGGAUUGAAUGGGAUAAUCCAACCCGUGGAAAACAUAGUGGGAGCUACAACAAUAGAAAAUAUUUUGAAACAAGAAUUCCUAAUGCUGGAAGUUUUAUUAAAAUUUCAAAAGCAGAGACUGGAAUUUCUUGCCCUAAUGCCAUUAAAUUAAAAUAUGGUAAAGAUGGCGCUACAUCAGCUACAUUUAUUAAUUUGCCUCAGAAGACUGGCCGUGAGAGGCACAUAGAAAUGGUUGGCAUGGAAAAAAUAAUGGGAAAACAAAGUAACUACUUAUGCCUGACAGAUGUGGUAUUAUCAAGAACUUUUGUAAAUGGACCUGGUGACAAAAAUGAAUUGCUAGAAUUAACACCGAAUAUUCGUAAUUUAGACCUGUCUGAAAAUUUGUUAUCCUCCUGGUGUGAUGUUAUUGCCAUAGCUGAACAGCUGCCUCAUCUUUCUUCUUUAAUUCUUUCUAAAAAUCGAUUGAAGUUGAUAAAGCAACCAAGUAUUCAAGAAUGUUUUUCUGUGCUAAAAAUGCUGGUGAUGAAUGAAAUGGCAUAUUCUUGGAAAGAGAUUUUGUCUUGUGCGAGUAUGUGCCCUUUUGUUGAACAAUUAUUUGUAGUAAGCAACAAAAUCACAGAAUUAGAAGCACCUCUGCCACCCAUAUUUUCGCAAUUAACUAUGCUCAGCUUAAACCAUAACCCAAUUGGUGAAUGGACGGAAAUAUGUAAAUUAGGAAGUUUAACAAAUUUAACAGAAUUGCAUGUUAAUAAUAUUAACUUGCAAUCAAUAUCAUUUCCCAAAACACCGCCUUUGGAGAAAACUGAAUUAUUUUCAAACCUGCAAACUUUGUAUGUCCAGUACAACAAUUUAAAUCAGUGGCAAGAUAUUACUGAAUUGAACAAACUUAGAAAAUUGAAGAAUCUAACCAUUAGCCAUAAUCCUGUUGUUGAGACAGUCAAGCCAGAAACUGCGAGGCAGUUUACUAUAGCUAAAAUUAUUGAACUGGAAAUGCUAAAUAGAACUAAGAUAGAAAGGUUUGAAAGAAGGGGUGCUGAGCUUGACUACAUCAAGUUGCAUCACAAGGAAUGGAUUGCUAAUGGGGGCAGUUCAGAUCUGAACGGUAGCAAACUGUCCGAAUCUUUUUUGAGACAACAUCCGACGUAUUGCUCUUUGGUUCAAAAGCAUGGUGCUUCUGAUGGAAAUGAAAUAAAAGAAGAAAAAUUAGUAUUGAAAGAUGAUUUAUUAUCUGUGAUAAUAUUUAGCCCUCUACUACCAGAUAAACCGUCAGUAACAAAAAAGCUACCUGCUGAAAUGACAGUUGGUAAACUCAAAGCUCUAGUUCAACGACUUUUCAAAGUUUCUGCACAGAAUGUUUUAUUGACUCACAUUUCCAAAGAGAAUGAAUUGCAAAAAACAAUCAUGGACAAUAACUUACGAGAAUUAUCAUUCUAUUCAAUAUCAAAUCAAGACAAAAUAGCCGUUGAAUGGUAGAAUGCUGAAUUAAAUCAAACCAGAGAAAGGAUGGUUCAAGUGGUGCAAUGUGAAAAUUUGUUCCAAGACAACUAAUGAAACUAAAAUGUAAUAAGGUAUUGUUUGAAUGUGUUCAUAUGAAGAAACUUUUUUUAAAAAUAAAAGUACUAUU